GUUUCGAACAACAAAAAAAUAUUUAUCUUCUGGUGUCCGAGAAAAAUUGAACUUUUAAAGAUGAAGCUGGUUGUUCUCAUGUCGUUCUUGCUUAUGCUUCUAUUGUGUUCUUCAGGGUUUGAGGAGUACCAUGGUGGAAUCACUCAUACCAACCAAUAUUCGUUAAAUAAGGCUGAAAAGACUAGUCCGGAGAUGAUGGAUUAUUCAGAACUAGGCGCAAACCCACGACACGAUCCGAGAAUACCCGGUUAUACAAAUCCUCCACCAUCGCCGCAGAAGAGCUGAUAUUAAUUAAUGAGCAAAAAUAUGUAAUAUGAAUACAUUUGAUCAUUCCAUAUUUAUAAUUAUGAUAUGUACUGUCAAACUAAUAAAAACGCCCUAUUGUGCUAAAGAUGCCAAGAUUUUUCAACUUAAUAAGAAGCUCCCGAUCUUUUCAUUUUUCA